AUGGUAGUGUUAGCUCCGAUAAUCAGAUCACUGAGUCAGCACAGCCGGAACGCCACAAAGCUUUCUGACUCAACUCGGUUGCUUUUUAAGCGCCUCAAUUUCUUCCAAUCCAAUGCAUUCCAAUUCCAGAGCGUUCGAACUCUCCUCUUGCAAUCCGCUACUGAGUCUGUUAAAUUGCAGAAACUCACUGAUUCUGAUACAGGAAUUUUUGAGGUUAAUUUGGAUAGGCCGGGAACAAAAAAUGCUAUUGGGAAGGAUAUGCUCAGGGGACUGCAAUAUACAUUUGAGACUGUAGAUAAAGACCGUUCGGCCAAGGUUUUGAUGAUCUGCAGUUCAGUUCCCAGAGUUUUCUGUGCUGGUGCUGAUCUUAAGGAAAGGAAAAUGAUGAGUCCAUCUGAAGUACAAGAUUUCGUAAACACUCUGCGUUCCACAUUCUCCUAUUUGGAGGCACUCAGUAUCCCUACUAUAGCAGUCAUCGAAGGUGCAGCAUUGGGUGGUGGGCUAGAAAUAGCAUUGUCUUGUGAUCUUCGGAUAUGUGGGGAAGAUGCAGUUUUGGGAUUGCCAGAAACAGGACUUGCUAUAAUACCUGGGGCAGGUGGAACACAGCGGCUUCCUAGAUUGGUUGGAAAAUCAACGGCAAAAGAACUUAUAUUUACUGGUCGAAGGAUUGGCGGCGGGGACGCUUUCUCCAUAGGACUUGUGAAUUAUUGUGUACCUGCUGGUGAAGCUCGUUCAAAAGCUCUUGAAAUAGCUCGGAGUAUAAACCAGAAGGGACCAUUAGCAAUUAUGAUGGCAAAACGAGCUAUUGACGAGGGAUUUGAGGCAGAUAUGGCGUCGGCUUUGGCUUUGGAGGAGGAUUGCUAUGAACAGCUGUUGAACACAAAAGAUCGCCUAGAAGGCCUUGCCGCAUUUGCUGAGAGACGACAGCCCAAGUAUAUUGGCGAGUAA